AUCGCGGGCUGGGUACGGCUGGCUUGGAAAAAGUGUACUGGACGCCACGCAGCGUGGACGCGGGAGAGGAUGCACUAGGAGUAAAGGAUGUACGUGGAGAUUUGAGAGAGACGAGAGAGAAAGAUGGCGAUAGGAUAAGAUUGAGAAAAAAAGGUAGAGUGAUAUAGAGCAAAGUAUCCCUGGGCGAAUUCGUCGAGAGUUUUGCUGGUUCUCGUAGGUUCCUAGUGUCCCCACUCGCGAACCCGCAGUCCCCACCGUGCUAGAACGGGAACCCACCCAGCCAGUCAGCCAGCCAGCCACCCAUCGAGGCAGCCAGCAUCGGGUGCUUAGUGGCGUGGGGCCGGUCGCGUUUUAAAGUCCGACAGUAAAACAAUAAAUUGCUACUCAGGCAGCGUAGCUUGCCAGGCCAGAGGGAAAGCGGUCCCUGUCAGCAAUUGCCCCCUCUCGUAAGAAAAAAUGGCAGCUGCCCUGGAUGGCGCGUACGCGAUACCAUAAUACAUGCUGCCUCCCACCACCCAGUUGGUACCUGGGCUCUGGCGCGUACUUAUGCGGCCUUCUCUUUCUUUCUCGCUCUCCCGAUCAACCCGGCUCUCCCUGGCCGAGAGAGGCUACCCGGGUAAUAACGUUACUCUAUCGGAGAGGAGAGAAAGAGCGCGUGCUGGUAGAGCGGAUUCUCGGGCGUGACUAGGCGGCGGUUUGGUGGCCUGGAACCACGGGGCGUGGCUUUGGAUUUAAUAGACUCCGCCCAUCCAGACUUCUCUUGGUUCGAGGAGACGACCGAGGUGGGGGCCCAACCAAGAACCAUCUCCCAGCCGUGGAGGUCAGUCUGUCAGGCACUCGGUCUGUUACUCGGUCCGUCUGUCCGCACGUUCGCGACUAUCCCUGUGACCUUUUUCAAAGGGACUACCAAGCUGUGCGCCGGUAUUCGUUGUUGCUGUUCGGUGCCUUCUGGGUUUGUUGCUGCUGGUGCUGCUUGUGCCCAAGGAAAAGGGCAUGCACACCCCGUUACGUAUUGCCUCGUGAGCCAUGCUUCACGGCUGCCGUCCUCACCGGCGGCUACGAUGACUCUGCUCGUCAUCGUCCUCGGGAUCGGCUUUAACGGCAGCACCACGUUCGUCGAGUUAAACGCGAGUGCUACAGGUACAGGGCUGUCGCCCCAGUUUCUCGUAAACGCGUAAUGUUGCUGGAGUCGCGAGGAAUCCCUGCAAGGAAGAGACACGGACCGACGGUCACCAAGCUCGACCAUCACGAGCAUUGCGACGAUCGCGAUUAUCGCGAGAAUCAGGAGGACGACGACGACGAGGACGACGAGGACUCUCGAUCCUCUUUUAUCAUCCGUCGCAAAAUGCAGGGCGAAGCGACCACCGCGGUUACCGGGAUUCCGCGUUGCACCAGGGACGAUCCCGACGACAGCUCCAGCCCAUCGCCCAAUUCCAGCAUUCUCAACAAUCUCAAUAACAAUUGCAAUUCCAAUAGACAACAGUGCGCCACGGACUUUAGCAUUGCCGCUAUUAUGGCACGCGACUCCAGGCAUCAACAGCAAAAUCAUCAUCAUCACCAUCAUCAUCAUAAACAACAGCAGGCCGUGGGAGGUGGAAAACUUCACCAGCACGAAAGGGAAGCCAGUGGUUCGGGCGUCGCUAGGGGAGCGUCGACGCAGGAAUCCGCCGACAUGGAGGACGAGCCGGAAACCGACGACGCCGGAAGUACCAGUGGUAAAAACACCUCGCCCACGAAUCCCCUGCUUCAGGAACGCUCGAACUGCGAGGAACUGCGACACGUGGUGUGUCACUUGGAGACGAAGGAACUCUGGGAUAAGUUCAACGAGCUCGGUACCGAAAUGAUCAUCACGAAAACUGGCAGGAGGAUGUUCCCUACCUGCCGGGUAUCCUUCAAUGGUCUCAGAUCCGAGGGUCGCUACGCGGUGCUCAUGGACAUUGUGCCGGUGGACAACAAGAGGUACAGAUACGCCUAUCACAGGAGUUCCUGGCUGGUGGCUGGGAAAGCCGAUCCACCGGCACCGGCCAGACUCUACGUACAUCCGGACUCGCCGUUCACCGGCGAACAGUUGCGCAAGCAGGUCGUCUCCUUCGAGAAGGUCAAGCUGACCAAUAAUGACAUGGACAGACAUGGACACUUGGUACUCAAUUCCAUGCACAAGUAUCAGCCCAGGAUCCACCUGGUGAGAAGACCGGAUACUGGAAACGGUAGUCAGAUAGUCGACCUGGAACGUGAGCCGCACAAGACCUUCGUAUUCCCCGAGGCCAUCUUCACCGCCGUCACGGCCUAUCAGAAUCAGCUCAUAACCAAGCUCAAGAUAGACAGCAACCCCUUCGCCAAGGGAUUUCGUGAUUCCUCGAGGCUCACUGAUUUCGAGAGCUCCCCUUUCAGGGAGACAAUGGAGUCAAUGCUGGCGGAGCAGCAGUCGCUGCGAUUUCCACAUCGUUUCUCCUUCGAGAUGGAGCAGUUGCAGUCGGGUGGCGCUAGUAGUCUGAGCCUCGAGGAGAAGGCGCUGUGGGCAGCACGAUCGCAGAUUCUCCUGCGCGCCGCGGCGGCCGCGGCAGUCGGGCCUUACGCGCAGCUGGUCAAUCCGGCCCUGGUUUAUCCCGGCGCCUCGGCGGCAGCCUCGACCUCUGGCCAUCAGCAUCAGCAACAGCAGCAGCAACAACAGCAGCAGCAACAACAGCAACAGCAGCAGCAACAACUUAACCACCUCUGGUGGGCCUCAUCGCUGGGACCCACGUUAUUCGCUGCUGCUCAUCAUCAGCAACAACAACUGGCUGCGUCCGGGGCCCAGCACAGUCCCCCAGGUCCGGCUGCGCCCAGACCCAUGUAUCCCUCGGCCCUUGCUCUUGCUCAUCACAGGUUCUCACCCUAUGCCCAUGGGCCCGCUACCCCCAAACCAUCCACCCCUGCUGCACCCUCUCCGUCCUCAUCGAGGCGUGCCACCCCCUCGCCCACCGAUAGCCUAUGCAAGGAUCCACAGGACCUUUCACCCUCGUAGUCGCUGCUUUAAAGAGACACUCGUCAUCCACCAGUACCCUUCCUUCCACGCUUACCUCCCCCCGCCUGCCCCCUCCCCAAAUACCCCUUUUUCCCUUUUACUCGCUCUCGUUCGUUCCUUAGCACCUCUUGUUUUUCUCCAAUACUACCCUUCCUACCGCCGUUUCACUUUUUCUCACGUAAUUUCGUGCUUUCCCCGUUUUUUCAUCCCUUAUUCGGUUUUCUUCACUUUUCUCCACGAACGCUUCUCUUUCCGGCGAUCAGCUGAAAGAAGCGUACCGACUAUUUUUGUUUUUUUUUUCUCGAAACGCCCGUUACGACACGGACCCUUUCGAUUUUUGUAUAGCGGACGUUAUUUUCUUUGCCCACCCCUGCGCUCCCACUACCCUCACCUGUUCAUCGCUCUGAGUUAUGAUUUUUGAAAAAAAAAUGAAAAUCUGUACAUAUUUUGAGUAUACUUCCGUAUCGUAGGUGUAUCUAGAGUACUAGCCGAUUUAUCCUGGUACUUAUGUAUAUAUAAUAUAUAUACACACACGGGACUGUACAGAACGACCGAGACGGACUUACGGAUCAACGUGACUGACGAAUAGGACAGAUAUACGGGGAUAAAGGUCUCUGUUGCGGGCCUGCGUUUUUUUUUUCUCUCCUUCUCUCGUGUAUAAUAAAAUGCUGUAUAUUUCGUACUCUCGAUUUUUAAAUUGUUACUGUUAUUUAUAUGUUUCCGUGGCUCUUCGUUUAAGCGAAAUUAGUUGAUGGUAUUAACGAUGCGUACCAGACGAAUUAGCAUUAGCGUUAUAGGAGGUUAUUAUUGUUAACGCUUGUGUUGUGAAAACGCGUACCCAUUGCUGUGCAAGCCUGCUACACGCCCCAUUGUAAAUAAACCCUAAAUAAACUCUUGUACCGAAGAU